CAUGUCUUUAUCGCCUUAUCACUUGGUGCUCGAUUAAACUCUCAGCAAAUCCAAACGGAGGCCCAAGUGAUGUCACUUUUUAUCUCACCAUCAGCCGCUUAGCUUCACUCUCGAAAGUGCAGAGCUUUCAGCAAAGAUGGCACCGAAGGCAAAGAUGAUCUACUUUCCCUUCCACGGGCUGGGCGAGCCCCUGCGCUUCAUGAUGGCCUACACGAACGUCGAGUGGGAAGAGGAAAUCAUCUCCGUGGAAGAUUUCCCUGCCAAGAAACCGAGCUAUCCGUUCGGAAAACUGCCCGUCCUGGAAAUGGACGGUUUGAGAAUGCAUCAGUCGGCUGCCAUUCUGCGUUAUCUCGCCCGAAAGGCCGGCGGCACCCUUUACGGCCAAAAUGAGUUUGAAGCUCUGCAGUGCGACAUCGCCUACGACACAAUCACAGACCUUCGAGUCAUGAUGCUGGGAUACUUUUAUGAGCCAAACAAGGCUUCUGCAGACGAAAAACGGAAAGAGGUGCUUGAAAAUUUGGCACCAAUGUACCUACGCAACCUGGAGAAAUUGGUAAACGAAAAUGGCGGCUACUUUGUUGGUGGACAGCUAACGUGGGUGGACAUUGCGUACGGCUCGCUGAUCGACUAUCUGUCGCACAUGGCUGGCAAGGAGUUGGUGGCAGACAAGCCGGCGCUCAAGGCGCUCAGGGACCGCGUGUUCGCACUGCCGGCCAUCAAGAAGUACGUGGAGACGCGUGUCAAGUACCCUUACUAGCAAUAAAUCACUCGUCGCAGUGGAGAAAAAAUAAAA